CGAUCUUGAACUGACAAAGCGUAAUUAUGCACGUGCCGAAGAUAUGUGUCACCAAGGUUCAGGAGAUUGGGAAAAGAUAGUACUACGAGGACCUGCCAAAAAAGGAAGCGAAAUGCUCGAAAUGAAAAAUCUAGUAAUAUGGCACAAAACGGGGAAAUGUGAGCUCAAGAAGAAAAAUUCAAAGGUUGCAGAUUUAAAAUUAGAAAACAAAGUUAAAUGCCUACCAAUAACCCAUGACGUGAUAGGGGGGGAAAUGGAUACAAUUACUGUUGGUUGUAAAGCUGUCUUCAAUCAGUAG